AAGCAAUCAUUUCUCCUUCUCUCUGGCUGCAUUCUUGCAGCCAUUGAGAAAUACCGUGUGAGCUGUGAUUGGUCACAGCUUGUCACAUGGUACAGGGCUGUUGUGAAUAGCCUUGUACCAUGUGACCUCUGUGAUCAUUCACAGAUUUCCCACGUAGUAAGCAAUGAUGUCAGAAGUGACAUCUUGCUUACUACUCUUGCUGUGAUCACCGAUUGGCCAAUCAGUGAUCACAUGAUCGGGACCUCACACAGAGGUCCCGUACAGCGA